CGAAAGACUUUUCUCUCCUGGUGUAGACGAAGCUGCUAGACAAUGGGGAAGAUUGGCAAGGAAACGGCAGGUCAGGUCAUAAGCUUCAUAGGCGUCAUUGGGGUGGCAGUGGCCUGUGGGAUCCCCAUGUGGCGAGUUACCUCUUUCAUUGGAGCCAAUAUUGUUACAGGCCAGAUUGUAUGGGAUGGUCUGUGGAUGAACUGUGUGAUGCAAAGUACUGGACAGAUGCAGUGCAAGCUGAAUGACUCUCUCCUGAGCCUGACGACUGAUCUGCAGGCUGGCCGAGCACUAGUCAUCAUCUCACUUCUCUUUGGAUUUAUUGGCUUUAUCAUCUCGUUUGUUGGAGCCAAGUGUACCAGCUGCCUGGAAAAAGAUGCAUCAAUGGCAAAUGUGGUGAUCAUAAGUGGCUGUCUCAUCAUUAUCUCUGCUAUCCUGAUCUUAAUCCCCGUCUGCUGGUCUGCAGCUUUCACCAUCUCAGACUUUCAGAACCCCUUGACUGUAGCAACACAGAAAAGGGAGAUUGGAUCUGCUAUCUACAUUGGAUGGGGCUCAACUAUACUUCUUCUGAUUGGUGGGAUCAUCUUAACCACCUCCUGUCCUCCCCAAAAACAAAUGUAUGGAUACCCUAGCUACCAACAACCGGUGUAUGCUUAUUCAAGACCAAACUCAGCUGCAUAUGGCCGUGUGUAUGCUCCACCAUCCAACCAACCAUACACAGUCGCAGGUGGUUAUGCUCCCAGCAAGCCAUAUGCAGCACCAGCCUCAUAUCCUGCUUCACAAUAUCUAUAAAAAUGAAGGAAGAGAUCAAGGACAGAGACUGAAAACCUUGCCCUGACAGCUGCUGGACUUUCAAAUGACCACUGGGAAAUACAAUCACACGAAAAUAUCAGAUGUACAGACGGCAUUAUUCUGAUACACUGAUGUAAAACAACUAGACUUCUACACAUACUUUUACCUUUAAGAUUGUGAAGCUUUGAUGUAAAAGGAAUCUGUGUGUGUGCUGAAAAUUGCAUUGCUUUUCACAAGGAAGUCACUGUCUGAUGUAUUUAUUUCCUUGUUAUGAACUACAGAUUUAGCAGUGUGCUUCUUUUCUGUAACUGCCACUUUAUCUUGUACAUUUUCAUAUGAAUUUCAAUAAAAACAUUUG